CAUUAAAGUUCGGGAGCGGCCCGAAGAGCGGCUCCGGAGGAGGCAGGAGGGGGCAGGAGGUGUCGGAGCUGUGCCCGGCCGGGCCAGGGUUAAGCGCUCGUCUGGCCCCCGCCACCGGCUCCAGGCCAGCUCGCCUUCAGCGGGAGGCCACGGACACCAUCGGGGACCCGGAGGGACGCGCGAGCCGGGCGGACCCGCCUUGUACCGCCUCCCGCAGCGCGUCUCUAGGGCGGAGGAAAGUGGGGGCGCCAGCCUGGCGCCCGGCGUGGGGGCGCCGCGAGCGCGCGGGGUCGCUGGGCCGCGGAGAUGGCCGAGGAGAUUGACUGGCUGGACCUGCCCGGCCGGUGGACCUACGGAGUGGACCGCGGAGGGAGAGUCUUCUUCAUCAAUGAUGAGGAAAAGUCAACCAGCUGGGUGCACCCCGGUACAGAAGCAGCCAUCCAGAGUGGACACUGCUUCAGCUCAGGUUUGCCUCCGGGCUGGGAGGUGGAUACUACCCCUGAAGGAGCUGUGUACUUCAUCAACCACAAUGAAAGACAGAACACAUUUCGGCACCCAGUGACCGGCCAGGUCCCAGAGGAAAACAAAAAGUUUGACUUAAAAACAUUGGCCUUGGACAUGUCCAAUAAAACAGGUGGGAAGCGCCCUGCUACCACAAACAGUGACAUAGCCAGCCACAACAUGGUGUCUGAGGUCCCUCCAGAGAGGCCCAAUGUGCGGGCAACUCGGACAUCCCGCAAAGCUGUCGCCUUUGGCAAGCGUGCACACUCCAUGAAGCGGAACCCCAACACCCCUGUCACCAAGGCAGGCUGGCUCUUCAAACAGGCCAGCUCUGGGGUGAAGCAGUGGAACAAGCGUUGGUUCGUGCUGGUAGACCGCUGCCUCUUCUACUACAAAGAUGAAAAGGAGGAGAGCGUCCUGGGCAGCGUUCCCCUCCUGAGCUUCCGGGUCGCAGCUGUCCAGCCUUCAGACAACAUCAGCCGGAAGCAUACAUUUAAGGCUGAGCAUGCUGGUGUCCGCACCUACUUCUUCAGUGCUGAGAGCCCCGAGGAGCAGGAGGCCUGGAUCCAGGCCAUGGGGGAGGCUGCCCGGGUACAGAUCCCUCCCACCCAGAAGUCCAUGUCCCAGCCUGUGCGUCACAGCCACGAGAAGCCAGACUCCGAGAACAUCCCACCCAGCAAACUCCUCCACCAGCCACCUCAUAAUAGCCUCCCAAAGCCUGAGCUGGAGGCCAAAACUCGAGGGGAGGGUGAUGGCCGAGGCUGUGAAAAAGCAGAGCGGAAGCCGGAGAGGCCUGAAGUCAAGAAGGAGCCCCUGGUGAAAGCGAAUGGCAUCCCAGUUGGACCUGAGCCAGGCUCAGAGCCUGGCAGCCCUUACCCUGAGGGCCCGAGGGUCCCAGGGGGUGGGGAACAGCCGGCGCAACCCAAUGGCUGGCCCUACAGCUCCCCAAGUCGACCAGGAAGCACAGCUUUCCCACCUCAGGAUGGAGAGAAUGCGGGACAUCGGCGGAGCUUCCCACCCCGCAGCAACCCCGACAAGAUCGCCCAGCGCAAGAGCUCCAUGAACCAGCUGCAGCAGUGGGUAAACCUGCGCCGAGGGGUACCACCACCCGAGGACCUUCGGAGUCCCUCUAGGUUCUACCCAGUGUCCCGCCGGGUCCCUGACUAUUAUGGCCCCUUCCCAUCCCAGUAUCCCGAUGAUUACCAGUACUACCCACCAGGGGUGCGGCCCGACAGCAUCUGCUCCAUGCCCGCCUACGAUCGGAUCAGCCCCCCCUGGGCCUUGGAGGACAAGCGCCACUCCUUCCGCAACGGGGGCAGCCCUGCCUACCAGCUGCGCGAGUGGAAGGAGCCUGUGGGCUACAGCCGACAGGAUGGCACAGUCUGGAUCCCCAGCCCCUCCCGCCAACCAGUCUACUACGAUGAGCUGGACGCUGCCUCUGGCUCCCUACGCCGUUUGUCCUUGCAGCCCCGUUCCCACUCUGUGCCCCGCUCACCCAGCCAGGGCUCCUACAGCCGCGCCCGUAUCUACUCCCCCGUCCGCUCACCCAGUGCCCGCUUUGAGCGGCUGCCAUCUCACAGCGAGGACAUCUAUGCUGACCCUGCCGCCUAUGUGAUGAGGCGAUCCAUCAGCUCCCCCAAGUAUGAUUACCUGGGAGACAGGCGGCCAGUCCCUGCAGGACUGUUCCCCUACAACUACCCACCAUCCCCCACGGUCCACGAUAAGAUGGAUGAACUUUUAGAUCUUCAGUUGCAAAGAAACCUAGAGUUUUUGGACCAGCAGAUGAGUGAGAGCGAGACUCUCAUCAGUAUGGUGAACCGCAUGGUGGAGAACUCCUCCCCCAGGGCCCAACUCUUCGUGCAAGUCCCUCCGUACCCAGAAGUGUUCCGGGACAGCCUCCACACCUACAAGUUAAACGAGCAAGACACGGAUAAGCUGCUGGGCAAGUUGUGUGAGCAGAACAAGGUGGUGAGAGAGCAGGACCGGCUGGUGCAGCAGCUCCGAGCAGAGAAGGAGAGCCUGGAAAGUGCUUUGAUGGGGACCCACCAGGAGCUGGAAAUGUUUGGAAGUCAGCCUGCCUACCCUGAGAAGCUGCUGCACAAGAAGGAGUCCCUGCAGAACCAGCUCAUCAACAUCAGGGUGGAGCUGUCUCAGGCCACCACGGCUCUGACCAACAGCACUGUGGAGUAUGAGAACCUCGAGUCCGAGGUCUCUGCCCUGCACGAUGACCUCUGGGAGCAGCUCAAUUUGGACAUCCAGAAUGAGGUACUCAACCGGCAAAUCCAGAAGGAGAUCUGGAGGAUCCAGGACGUGAUGGAGGGGCUGAGGAAGAACAACCCAUCCCGGGGCACGGACACUGCCAAGCACAGAGGAGGACUCGGGCCCUCGGGCACCUACAGCUCCAACAGCCCAGCCAGCCCUCUCAGCUCUGCCAGCCUCACCAGCCCCUUGAGCCCCUUUUCAUUGGUGUCUGGCUCUCAGGGGUCCCCCACCAAGCCGGGGUCCAAUGAGGAACCUGGGCCACCUCGGCCGCCCCUCCCCAAAGCCUACGUCCCCCUGGAGUCUCCUCCCACCGUCCCUCCACUCCCUAGUGAGAGCCGCUUCUGGCCAUACCCCAACUCCCCUUCCUGGCACCGCAGUGGCAGUGGCGAGACAGCCAGGGGUCAGCCCAAGGCAAGCUAUGAGCAGAAUAAGAAAGAUCCUCACCAGACAUCACCCCUGGAUACCUCCAAAGACAUCAACCUUCUGCCCACCAGGCAAGAGGUGGAGGCAGAGAAGCAGGCAGCUCUCAACAAAGUUGGCAUUGUGCCCCCUCGGACAAAGUCACCCACUGAUGAAGAGGUGGCCCCUUCAGCAGUGAUGAGGAGAACUGCCAAUGGACUCACCAACGGGUUCUCCUCCCGGCAAGAGCGCCCCAAGAGCGCUGUGUUCCCUGGCGAGGGCAAGGUCAAGAUGAGCGUAGAGGAGCAGAUUGACAGGAUGCGGAGGCACCAGAGUGGCUCCAUGAAGGAGAAGCGGAGGAGCCUGCAACUCCCGGCCAGCCCAGCCCCGGAACCCAGCACGCGACCCACCUACAAAGUGGUGCGUCGUCAUCGCAGCAUCCAUGAGGUGGACAUCUCUAACCUGGAGGCAGCCUUGCGUGCAGAAGAGCCUGGUGGCCAGGCCUAUGAGACACCGCGGGAGGAGAUUGCCCGGCUUCGCAAAAUGGAGCUGGAGCCCCAGCACUAUGACGUGGACAUCAAUAAGGAGCUCUCCACCCCAGACAAAGUGCUCAUCCCUGAACGGUACAUUGACCUGGAACCAGACACUCCCCUGAGCCCCGAGGAGUUGAAGGAGAAGCAGAAGAAGGUGGAAAGGAUCAAGACUCUUAUUGCCAAGUCCAGUAUGCAGAACGUGGUGCCCAUCGGCGAGGGGGACUCUGUGGACGUGCCCCAGGACUCAGAGAGCCAGCUGCAGGAGCAGGAGAAGCGGAUUGAAAUCUCCUGCGCCCUGGCGACCGAGGCCUCCCGCAGGGGCCGCAUGCUGUCUGUGCAAUGCGCCACCCCAAGCCCUCCCACCUCCCCCGCCUCCCCGACUCCACCAGCCAACCCCCUCUCGUCUGAAUGCCCGCGGGGCGCCGACAGCAGCCAUGCCUUGCGGGUCUGAGCUCGACUGCAAGCCCUGGCUGAGGCCAAUGCUGUGAAGCUUCACAGAGCCACGUUCUGAAGCAUCCUCCGGUCCUCCACCCGGCUGAGGCCCUGGCCACCCGCCUUGGCCCCACCCCCGCGCGCCCAUGGGAGUGCCACACGGAGCCAGGCUGGGGAUCAGGCUGCUGCCAAAGGAGUGUGACGCUUACAGCCCCACCACUCACACUGUGGUCCUAGAGGGAAUGGGGAUGGUGAGGUGGGGAGGCUGCCCUCUCUGCUGCCCGGGUCACAGGGAGCCCCAGCCUGGCUCUGGCUGGCAAGGUGGUAGCCCUACUCAAACAUUCCCUGCUGGAGACUAGAGGUCAAGGGGAGUUGGACCCUCAACACCAAGGACAGGACCUGCCCUCACCAACCCUGCCAUCUGCCCUAGCUGUGCUCCAGGCUCUGCCACAUCUCUGCUGACAGGGAUUCUUGGGGUUCUGUGGAGACCAACCACCCUGCUUGAGCCAAAGACAGGAGGAUAAGUGAGGGUGGCAGGAGGUGGGAUAGGGAAGAGGCUCCUGGGCUCCCAGAGGGGACAGAGCUGGCUGUGGGUGGAGAGCAGCAGGUCCGUGCAGUGUCUGAGGUCAGGUCGAGAAGGGUAGCAGAAAGGAAGGCAAAGGUCCCAGAGAGGGGAAGGUGGGGAGGAAGAGGCGUUUGCAAGAAGGAGGGCAGGGGAAAUGGGAAGAGGACAGGAUGAGCCUCCCCAGGGUGGCAGAGCCUAAGGUGAGUGUGAGUGUGAGUGCAAGCAGGCCGUUCCCUCUGCCCCUCCACCUCAUCCCCAGGAGCAGCCAGACCCAGGGCACCUGCCAGCAGGGUACGCGGUGGCCUCAGCUGAGGUGCCUGGUAUGGGGACUGAACUGUGGGUAAGGGUCAGUCAGUAGUGAUAGCCCAGGAGGGGUCCUCCCAGAGUCAGGUCUGGUGUCUGCCUGUCCCUCCUAGGAGCAGGGGCAGAGGGAAGGACCCAUCUCACAUGGGGCAUGGCUCACUUUGGGCCUUCCCUAGCUAGUUUCUUGCCCCCUUCCCUCAUAGUGCUACUGCCCCACUGAGGCUUGGCCUUGGGGGAGGGAAUGAGGCCUGAAUCUGGGGGGCUGGCUACAGGCCUGAUCCUUUGUCCUGGGCCUCUAGAGCAGGAUGACAAGGCAGGGCUUGCAGUCCACCUCCUCAGGAAGGCUGCUGGGGAAGAGACAGAAGCAAAGUGUGGCCUUCCUCCACUCCACCCACCUUGAGAUGAAUGUAGCCAAAGGAGGGGAACUGAGGACACCUGGUGCUGAGGUCUUUUCCGCCAGAGUUGCUGCCAGAGACUCCAAGGUGACCAGCAGCACCAAGAGCCACUGCUUCCCCUUGCACCAGUUCCUCUGCACGCCUUCAUGGCUGGAACCGCUUCUGGCUCAUAUGCAAGCAAGGAUGAUGAUUUGUUCAACACACACAGACUGAGCACCUUUUGUGAACCAGGCACUGUUCUAGGUGCUUCGGAUCGUCUCGCGCUUCAGAGGGACCACAGACUGGGAUAAUCCCACCUACUUUCACUUCUCACAGGUUUUUUGGAACAUGAAAAUGACCCCUGGCUACAUCUCCCACCUUCGCAGUUCAAGCACCCCAAAUCUGUUCUUUCCCCCUCCACACUGGCAGGUGGGAUUGCCUCCCAGGUCACCCCCUCUCUCUCUACCCCCUUUUCCUUUCACAAGAAACAGAUUGUUCAGGGCCUUCCAUGCCUUCGCCUUUCUUUAUCUCUCCUUUUUUAAAGUGAGUAUUUUUAGAAAUCCACAUGUGAAAUACUGAGAAAAAACGCUGACACCUCUGCCACCUCUCUCCCUCAUGUCAUAAAGCCAGCUCCCUGUGUUGCUUUACAUGCCUUAAUAUAUGUUUUAUGAAGAUGAUUCAUGUUA